AUGGAGGUGGUGGUGGAGGUGGUGGAGGCGGAGGCUCAGGCCAGCAGGGCAAAGGAAUCAUCAUUAUUGGUGGAGGCAGCGGUGGUGGUGGUGGAGGCGGAGGUGGCGGUGGUCACCAGGGCCAAGGUCCCAUCUGCAUUGGAGGGGGCAGUGGUGGAGGAGGUGGGGGUGGUGGGCAACAAAGCCAAGGACCCAUCGUUAUUAGUGGAGGAGGUGGUGGAGGUGGAGGAGGCUCAGGGCCAAGGUCCCAUCAUCAUUAGUGGAGGAGGUGGUGGAGGCGGAUCCUGCUGCGGUGGAGGAUCCUCUGGAGGAUCAGCCCAGAAGAUCAUUAUCAGCUCUGGUGGAGGAGGAGGAGGAGGCGGCUCCUCUGGAUGCUGCGGAGGGGGAUCCGGUGGCGGUUCUUCAAAGAGCAUGAUGGGAGGUGGAGGCGGUGGAGGAUCCUCUGGAUGCUGCGGUGGAGGAUCCGGUGGUGGCUCCUCAAAGAGCAUGAUGGGAGGUGGAGGUAGUGGAGGAUCCUCUGGGUGCUGCGGCGGCGGUGGAUCCUCCGGAUGCUGUGGUGGAGGAUCCAGUGGUGGCUCUUCUGGGAUGAAGAUCAUAAUGGGAGGUGGAGGCGGUGGUGGAUCCUCCGGAUGCUGCGGUGGCGGAUCCAGCGGUGGAUCUUCUAAGAGCAUGAUGGGAGGCGGAGGUGGUGGUGGAUCCUCCGGAUGCUGCGGUGGCGGAUCCGGCGGUGGAUCUUCUAAGAGUAUGAUGGGAGGUGGAGGCGGUGGUGGAUCUUCUGGGUGCUGCGGUGGCGGAUCCGGAGGUGGAUCUUCUAAGAGCAUGAUGGGAGGUGGAGGCGGUGGUGGAUCCUCCGGAUGUUGCGGUGGCGGAUCCGGUGGUGGAUCUUCUAAGAGCAUGAUGGGAGGUGGAGGCGGUGGUGGAUCCUCUGGGUGCUGCGGUGGCGGAUCCGGUGGUGGCUCUUCUGGGAUGAAGAUCAUAAUGGGAGGUGGAGGUGGUGGAGGUUCCUCCGGAUGCUGCGGUGGUGGAUCCGGCGGCGGCUCCUCAAAGAGCAUGAUGGGAGGUGGAGGUGGUGGAGGUUCCUCCGGAUGCUGCGGUGGAGGAUCCGGUGGUGGCAGUGGGGGAUCAGCCCAGAAGAUCAUCAUCAGCUCUGGCGGUGGAGGAGGAGGAGGCUCCUCCGGAUGUUGCGGAGGGGGAUCCGGUGGUGGCUCUUCAGGAGGGAAGAUCAUCAUGGGAGGGGGAGGCGGUGGCGGAUCCUCUGGGUGCUGCGGUGGAGGAUCCGGUGGCGGCUCCUCAGGCCAGACCAUCAUCAUCAGCUCUGGAGGUGGCGGCGGAGGCUCCUCCCAGCAGAAAUGUCCCGUUGUCAUCCCCAGCGUGGUGUCCCACCAGACCAAGCAGAGCUCCCACUGGCCCUGCCAGCAGAAGUAA